UCCUAGUACGAUGCCUGUUUUUCACUAUCCUUGUCCAACCAUACAUACUUUUCCCUCUUCUCGCCAGUCAAAAGUUUUUCAUCGAAAUUAUUCUAAAAACCCCAUUAACCACGGUCGCCGCCUUCAAUUCUCUCAGUCACACAAACUCACAGAUUUUUCCUCAAGGUGCUAAAAUGUCCAUGCACAAGAGCACAUCAUCCUCUUCCCUAGGUCCCGGCGGCCUGGACUUAACCCAAGCCUUUUUCAAGCCCAUUUCCAACGCCGAUCCACCGUCACCCACCAAACGCCACACCAAAAUCACCGUUGUCGGAGUUGGAAACGUCGGCAUGGCUAUCGCCCAGACUAUCCUCACCCAAGAUCUCGCCGACGAACUCGCCCUAGUAGACGCAAAGGCCGACAAACUCCGAGGCGAAAUGCUCGACCUCCAGCACGCCGCCGCCUUCCUCCCCCGAACCAAAAUCCAAGCCUCCCUCGACUACGAUAUCACUGCCGGCUCUGACCUCUGCAUCAUCACAGCCGGAGCCCGCCAGAUACCGGGCGAGAGCAGGCUCAAUCUUAUUCAACGAAACCUCUCCUUGUUCAAAUCUAUAGUGCCGCCGUUGGCUAAGUACUCUCCGGAAUGUAUACUGCUGAUAGUUUCUAACCCCGUCGAUGUGUUGACUUACGUGGCCUGGAAGCUAUCCAGGUUCCCGGCGAAUAGGGUUAUCGGCUCGGGCACCAACUUGGAUUCGUCCCGGUUUCGGUUCUUGAUCGCCGAUCAUCUUGAUGUCAAUGCACAGGACGUGCAGGUGAGUUUUUAAUAAUCACUUAUUUUU